AUGCGUCCCGCGCGCGCGUCUCGCGCAGCUGGCCCCGGGCGCCGCGGCGCCGCUCGGGGGCCCCAGGCGCCGCUCUGGGUCGCCCUGGGCCUCGUCUCCCUGCUGGGCGGGCGGGCGGCGCGGCCGGCCAUCGCGCAGGUGAAGGAGCCGAAGGAGCCUGGCGACCUCAAGGCGAGGCGCGUGAAGCCGCACCCGAAGCCCGAGCCGCAGGUGAAGAAGCUCAGGAGUACUCAGGCGAAGCAGGCCUCCGACGACCCGAGGGAGGACAAGAUGCGGCGGCCGAAGCCCAAGGCACCGAAGCCCCCUAAGGACUACCUGCCGCACCGCAUCCUCAGCAGCUUCGCGCAAGAGGUCGGCUCCAGGCGGGAGCAGGCGAGGGUGGUCAAGGUGGUGGCCGACGACGCCAUCUCGCGCGCGAAGAAGGUCCGGGACGCGGAGGUCAGCCGCGCGAAGGCAGAGUACGAGAGGGUUCAGCCCUGCUUGCAGGCGAAGAAGCCCCAGAGGACGCGGCUCACGUGGAGCGCGCUGCUGUGGGAGGCCGCGGAGCGGGCCGUCAGGCCGGAGGUGUCCAAGAGGCGGGCGAAGCAGGCACUCGAGCUGGCCACAGAGGCGCCGCUCUGGGUCGCCCUGGGCCUCGUCUCCCUGCUGGGCGGGCGGGCGGCGCGGCCGGCCAUCGCGCAGGUGAAGGAGCCGAAGGAGCCUGGCGACCUCAAGGCGAGGCGCGUGAAGCCGCACCCGAAGCCCGAGCCGCAGGUGAAGAAGCUCAGGAGUACUCAGGCGAAGCAGGCCUCCGACGACCCGAGGGAGGACAAGAUGCGGCGGCCGAAGCCCAAGGCACCGAAGCCCCCUAAGGACUACCUGCCGCACCGCAUCCUCAGCAGCUUCGCGCAAGAGGUCGGCUCCAGGCGGGAGCAGGCGAGGGUGGUCAAGGUGGUGGCCGACGACGCCAUCUCGCGCGCGAAGAAGGUCCGGGACGCGGAGGUCAGCCGCGCGAAGGCAGAGUACGAGAGGGUGUGCGAGCUCGAAGAAGAACAACGUGCAUAG